UGCCCGCUGUGUCCUCCGGACACAGUGGAACACCGAUCGUUGGAAGGGACCUCUCUGCGAGCUCCCGAUCAUGUGAUCACUCGUUGGCCAAUCAGUGAUCACAUGCAGAGCAGUAAGCAAGAUGUCACUUGUGACAUCAUUGCUUACUACGUCCCCCGGGGGCGUGCGGGGGGGGCACGUUCUGGGAGGACGUCAUAUGACGCCCUCCCAGGACUGGACAACCACGCUGUAGCCAUCAUUCAACUUUAGCGCAGUUGGCAAGUGGUUAAAUGGUUGAACUAGAUGGACUUUUGUCUUUUUUCAGCCAGACUAA